AUGGUGCCGAUAACAUUCGCGUCACUCGAGAAAAUCCCACUCUCCUAUGCCUCCUGCUCAAUUGGAUGUGGAGCUAGUGACACGCUUCCACGAAAACUCGAGGCAAUCAGCAAAGCCGGCUUCGUCUCAAUCGAGCUGUCUUUCCCGGACAUCCUGGACCACGCCGAACACACUCUUGGUCAUCAAAUCGCACCGAAUGACUUCGCGGAGCUGGUCCCCGUCGCCCGCGAGAUCCGCGAACUAUGCGACGCCAAUUCAUUAACCGUCAUGAUGCUUCAGCCGUUCUCCAAUUUUGAAGGGUGGCCGAAAGGCUCGGCGGAGCGGGAAGACGCUUUCAAGAGAGCCGAAGGUUGGAUCGAGAUCAUGAAGGUUGUCGGGACCGAUCUACUACAGGUCGGAGCGACCGAUACCCCAGCGACCAAGAUCCACACAGAUCGCGCAACAAUUGUCUCCGACCUGCGCGAACUCGGAGAAAUGCUAGCUAAACACCACUUCCGCCUCGCCUACGAAAAUUGGUGCUGGUCUACUCACGCGCCCGGGUGGAGAGACGUCUGGGAGAUCGUGCGCGCUGUCGAUCGCCCUAAUGUUGGGCUGUGCCUGGAUACAUUCCAAACAGCCGGCAGUGAAUGGGGCGACCCAACCUCCUCCACCGGUCUUAUCAAGGGUGUACCCCCAGAUGAGCUGACGAGAAAGUUUGGCGCGAGCAUGGACGAACUAGCGCAAACUGUGCCACCGGAUAAGAUCUACUUACUCCAGAUCUCGGAUGCGUACAAGGUGUCACCGCCGCUGGAGGAUAAGAUCGUUGGGGGGCUGAGACCGCGAGGCCAAUGGAGUCAUGAUUAUCGGCCCAUGCCAUAUGAUGGUGGUUACUUGCCCAUUGAGGAUGUGGCAAGGGCAGUCUUGAAAACCGGUUUCCGGGGUUGGUUUUCUAUGGAGAUUUUUGACGCUGGGCCACAAGGAAAGGGGAAGAAGUAUGAGCUGGACGGGUUUGCGAAGAAGGCGAUGGAAAACAUGCAGAAGUUGUUGAAAAAUUGUGCUACGGAUGCUUGA